UUAUCUAUAUACUAGAUAAUGGACUCUUGGGAUGAGGAAGUUAGGAGAUUCAUGUUAGAGGAAGAAGAAGAGGAUGAUGAAUUAUUUCUAGUUCUGGUCCCCGCACUUCAAUUGGCCAUGUAUGAUGAAAAAGAGUCAGAGCACACAUCCAUUUUGACCGGUCCAAAAUAUGUCAAAGAAGUCUUAGAAGGUCAUGAGAGGUGGUGUAAAGUGGACUUUAGGAUGGAGUCUGAGAUUUUUAGAGCUAUAGUACACUUUCUUAGAGUGGAGAAUCUAUUACGUGACACGCGCGAUGUUACGAUUGAAGAGCAGUUUGCAAUGUUUAUGUUCAUGCUCUCUCACAAUGCGAGCACCGAGAGGCUAAAAAAGAGAUUCCAACAUAGUGGUGAGACUAUACAUAGGAAGAUUACAGAGUUCUUCGAUAUAAUUCCAGCCCUUACUCAUAAAUUUCUGAAGCUUCCAGAUGUAUACCAAACACAUGUAAUGGUUGCGUCCGACCCUCGCUAUAUGCCUUUCUUCCAGAACUGCAUUGGUGCUAUAGACGGCACUCACGUCCCUAUCACCAUUGCACAAGAAAAGGCACCUCCUUACAGAAACAGGAAAGGAACAUUGUCACAAAAUGUGAUGUGUGCCUGUGAUUUUGAUCUGAAAUUCACUUUCAUAUCAUGUGGAUGGGAGGGAUCCGCAUAUGAUGCAGGAGUUCUACGAUCUGCUCGUAGUAAGGGCUUUCAUGUGCCGGCGGGGAAGUUCUACCUUGUUGAUGCUGGAUAUGCAAAUACACCCUCGUUCAUUGCUCCAUACAGAGGAGUUAGAUACCACCUCACCAUGUCAGGUGAUGUUUCAAGGGCUGCUUGGAACUCCACUUACGAGAAAGGUCUUGUUGAAAUAUUACAUGUGUACAAGGAUAACCCAAAAUAUAAAGGUCAAAAUGGUUGGGCAACAGAAGGAUGGAGGAUUAUCACAACCAAGUUCAAUGAAAGGUUUCCCAUAGCUCACUUCACAAAGCAACAAAUACAAGAAAAAGAGAAGGAGCUUAAAGGUAACUACAAGGCACUAAGAGAUGCAAAAGGGGAAAGUGGUAGUGGUUGGAAUGAAUCUUUGUGCAUGAUACUAGCUAAACCAAAAAUCUGGGACAAGUUAAUUAAGCAAAAGGAUCUUCUUGCCGAUGCUCCUAUGGCUGCUCCAACUAUUGCUCCUAUAGCUGCUCCAACUACUGCUCCAACUGCUGAGAGAAGUAUCUCUGAACAAGGGACCUCAAGUGCACAUAAUGAACAAAAUGCAACUCAACCUGCUGCAAGUGAAGGUGGAAGUGGGAGAAAGCGUAAGCAAAGUCACAUUGGCUCUGCUCUCGAGGAUUAUGUGGAGUUUAAAAAGAGCCAAACAAGCAAAACUUUGGAAGCUCUGAAUGAAAAGAAAAAGCGCGCUGAGGAAUUUUGUUUUGAGAAGUGCACUGAUCAAGUGGAUUCUAUGAAUGAAUUAACAAAUGAAGAGAAAUCAUAUGCUGUGGAGCUCUUUGAAUCUGAUACAAACAGAGAAGUAUUCAUGAAGACCAAAAAUCCUGAUGUUCGACUAAUUUGGCUAAAGAGAAAAAUCAGAGCACUUGCUGCAAACAGUGCAUAG